AUGAUCAAUAUUAUUCCUUGUCCAGAAAUUAUGCUUACGUCUGUGUUGUGUAUCGCUUCAUUGAUAACCCUUCUCGAUGCUCAUAUUUCAAUAAAGAAAGAAAGAUUUGAACCAUUGUCAGAUGACAUCAUCUCGUAUAUUAAUCAACAUCCAAAUGCUGAAUGGAAAGCUGAGAAAAGCAAUCGUUUCCACUCACUGGAUGACGCACGUAUUCUGAUGGGUGCAAGAAGAGAGGAAUCAGAAUUAAGAAAGAAGAGACGUCCCACAGUUGACCAUAAUGAUUUGAAUGUAGAAAUUCCAUCAAGUUUUGAUUCAAGGAUGAAAUGGCCUCGUUGUAAAAGUAUAGCGACCAUUCGUGAUCAAUCACGAUGUGGAUCAUCUUGGGCUUUCGCUGCUGUCGAAGCCAUGAGUGAUCGAACCUGCAUACAGUCACGUGGCAGACAAUCUGUGGAACUAAGUGCUGUGGAUCUAAUGAGCUGUUGUAGCGAUUGCGGAUUUGGGUGUGAUGGUGGAUUCCUUGGUCAUGCUUGGGAUUAUUGGGUGAAGGAAGGUAUUGUUACUGGAAGUUCGAAAGAGAAUCACACAGGUUGUCAACCAUAUCCAUUCCCGAAAUGUGAGCAUCAUGCUAAAGGAAAGUAUCCUGCAUAA